AUUAUAUUCUGCAACGAUGCAUUGUUAUAUUCCUAUUGCGUUUUGCUUGUUCGCUCUUUUGGAAUUAACAAACGGGGUGAACGAAAAGGAAAGUUCUACCUAUUGUGUAUCCUAUUUUAAUGGUGUAUGCUGGGAUAAAAGAUUUAAUAUGUGGCCCACGGGAAAGUAGAUGCGAUAAACGCUUGUGACUUGUAAUCAUGAUACCAAGUAACUUUCGAUAAUAAAGUUGGUUAUUUUCUUUUUG